AUAGCAGGGUUUAAACUCAACCAACCUUUUCCCAUCAGCCUACGCGCUGUGGCCAACAUUUAUGGAAGCUCGAGCGCAAACUUGCUGUCCAUUAUUUAUUUUCUGUUGGCGUUUGUCAUUGGAUUUUUAUUUAUUUAUAGUGAAUUUUCUGUGAUUGGUGGGUAAAUAAUUCAUGAACGUUAGUUGUGGUUUGUCUGCCACUCCUUUUUUCACCUCAAAUAAGCACCACCUCCAGUCCGUUUACUGUACGGUCAGCCCAAAUUGUCCUGAGUUUCACGUCUCGAGUGAUUAUCGUUUUGAGUGAUUAUCGUGUUGACAAGUUCUCGUCCUCAAUGGCUGAAGCAAUAGGCAAUCGUGAUGAAGAGGAGGAGGAGCUGAGAGAAAUGCGGAACCAAAAUCAAGCAACAGAUCGGUCUGAGAGAAAUAAGCCGGAGCAUUUCAUUUCCAGCCAGGGUCCCCUGUCCUCAAUACGAGCUGCCAUCAAAAGAACAAGAAGUGUCUCUCAGAGUGACCACGCCAGGGACAGAAGACGACCAGAGAUCACCAUCCUGUCUGCGGAGCCGCUGGCCAGUAACACCUGGUUCCCAGCGACCUCUGGGGCCUUCACUUCACCGCCACCCCCAACCCAGCCAGUCUGGACAGGGGCCAUCCAAAACUCCACCCAGCCCCCACCAUCCUAUGACCAGGUCAUCAAAGAGAAGACCCAGGAGCACGUUGCCACGCCGAUCGCAGCCCCACGCCAAUCCACAACGAUCUCCACUCAGACUGACCCUGUAGAGGAAGACGCCACUGUCACAGCUACACCAGAACAGACAGAGGCUUCACUGCCAAUAAAGAAAAACUCUACAGGUCAAAAGCCUCUAAAGCCACCAAGACCUUCACCUCCAAAGCCUUUGCGACGUGACUUGACCUGUGAAAAUCAGGGUUGUGGCGACACCAAAGUGAACUCAACACAGACAGCAUCCAUUACCACUGGCAGCCAAAGCAAAACCGAGUCAGCUGUAGUUCCACCCAAUCUGCCAGACAGCUGUAUAAACACACACACCCCAUCUGUUUCUGUGUGUUUUGAAACCUCAAACAAACCCUCUGAACCUGUUUCGACCCAGGCAGACUCACCUGCCAUCUCGUCCCAGCACCCUGCCCCUUCAGCAGAACCGAUACUUGCCAAACGACCCACUCCACUUCCUCGUUUGAAAUCCCUCAAGCAACCAAUCCCAGAAGAGGUCAAAGUUCAGACCCUGGUCAGACUCAGUGACAGCGAUGAUGGUACUCUAGUGACCCCCAUUGCGAAAACAGACUGUUCCUCCAGUAAGUACCUGCAGGAGCUGUUGGACGUAUUUUGUGCAGACGGCCUAUGCGGGCAGAGCUGUGACACCAGUGACCAAUCAGACGAGAGUGACCAGAGCGACAUGAGUGCCCUCCACAGCCAACGGAACAUCCGGGCCCGGAUCCAAGCCUUCGAGAGCCAGGCCAGCACAGAUGAAGGAAUAGAAGGGGAAGCUGCCCAGGAAUAUCCUGAACCCCGACCCAGAAACGCUCACCUCAAAGCCGCCCCCCCAGUGGCCACCAAACCUGCCUUGGUCCCCAGAGCCUCCAUCAAAACCCUCAGAGAUGACACCCAGGGUACCACUAACAACCACCAAGGGGCAGUCUCUUCAUCCUUGGCCGCCAAACCUGCCCUCGCCCCUAGACCCUCCAUCAAGUCUCCCUUUUUUGAUUCAGUACCUUCUACCAUACUUCAACCCACUGUCUUCACCCAAGCCCCCAGACCCCUACUUCCUAGAAAGCCUUCGGUAGACCUACCAUAUAAGGAGGAAUCGGAAACCCCUCCCACCAAGAUUGCAGUCUUGCCCCUCUCAUUGCCCUCUGUGGCAGCCCGGGCCAAGGCCUUCUCCUCCCAAGAGGAAGUCCCGGCUCUGGUCCCCCUCACACCUUGGAAGGAACCACUAAACCUCAAUAACCACAACUCAACCUUUCUGUCCAUGGAGACCAACUCAGAGAAUGAUUAUGUUGAAAGCCCCACAACCAACACCCCAGUCAAGCCAGUACGUAGCGCUGGCUCCUUCACCAGAGAGAGUAUCACCAGACGACCUACCACCAUCAGAGUGCCCAGUCUGACCGGCUCCGUUAAACUUUUCGAGGAAUCUCCGGACCUCCCCCCUCCUCUCCCUGUUCAGAAGCCAGUGGGCUCCCUCCCUACCCCUAUCCCCAACAGGCCAAGCUUCACACCAUCCCCCAUCACACGCCUCCCCUCCCAGAAUUCCUUCAGUUUUGAUCAAGAGCCGUCUCUCCCCCCACGACCCACUGGAGGUAAGGUCCCCCCUCCUCGCCCACCUCCUGCCAAAGCUGGCCCAGGACGGCCCCCUCCUCCCAGGCUAGACAAAACAGGCCGCGCCCCCUCCACCUAUGGAGCACCAGGGGGAAGUCCUUCACCCAAGCAGCCCCGGAUCCAGGCUCAGAAGCCUAAAAGGAAGGGACCCAUACUGCCCCCUAGACCCAAACCUGGUCACCGCCUCUAUAAUAAAUACACGCUUGAGCUUCCUCAUGGCAUCACAACGUUUGACCGCGAAGGAAAAAACCCAGAUGAGUUAUCAUUCCGGAGGAAUGAGGUGCUGCUGUUGCUGGAGCAGGUGGACCAUAACACCUUCGAAUGCCAGAUAGGAGAACUCAGAGGACGCGUCCCGAAGUGUCACCUGCAGAUCAUUACUCCUCUCUCUCACUCUGUACCCACCAAGGAAACACCACAGGAAGUGAGUCCAGUCCAAAGAAAUAACCCUGGUAUGCAGGUGCAGGCCCUCCAUGACUUUACUCCAGAGGGUCCAUCGGAGCUGGGCCUGAGGGCAGGAGAUGUGGUGACCUUGGUGGAGCAGGUGGACAGCGACUGGUACCGCGGCACCUGCAGAGGAUCCUCUGGGUUCUUCCCCGUUAGCUAUGCCAAAGUCCUGUCAAAUGCAUCCACACCUACAGAUGUCAGGAAGGCCAAGCCCCCAGCUGCUACAGUCAGCGGCCCCAGAUGUGUGGCGCGGUUUGACUUUGAGGGCGAGCACAAUGACGAGCUGACAUUUGCCGAGGGGGACGUGAUCCGGCUGCUGGGGUACGUGGGUGAGGAGUGGGCGAGGGGACAGGUAGGAAGCUGCUCCGGAAUCUUCCCCUUCGCCUAUGUGGAUGUCAUCGAGGACCUGCCUCCAGCUACUCAGCAACAGUCCCAACCCUCCAAGAUGGCUCUGCCCGGCAUGACUGCACCGGCCAAGACCCAAGAGGCUGCGAAACCAGUUCAGUCGUUGUCCUCAGGAUCACAGUGGGCUGUGGCUCUUUAUGACUUUGCUGGGCAGACAGAGGAGGACCUGUCCUUCCAGCAGGGGGAGCGGAUCCUGGUCUUGCAGCACAUAGACGCAGACUGGAGCUCUGGAAGGCUCGGUGGCCGUGAGGGGGUCUUCCCCAGGGCCUACGUGGCGACUAGCAGCUCAGACCUUUCUCAAGAGAUGGGCAGACAACCCAGUGGUUCAGGGAGAGCCAAGGCACUGUUUGACUUUCAGUCCAACUGUGAGGAAGAGCUCUCCAUACAGGUGGGGGACAUCAUAGCCAACCUGGAGUCAAUGAAUGACGAGUGGUUCCUGGGAGAUCUAAGAGGGAAACGGGCCUUAGUUCCUAAAAACCAUGUAGAGGUGUUAGUGGAGCCAUGAGGCUGACUCGGAACUCUGCAGUGGUACCGCAGACUAUCAUUUUGUGCCUUGAGGGGCAUACAGACCAGAAGAAUGGAUUCGUAACAAUUGAAAUAGGAGACUUUGGCAUUACUGACAUCCCUAUUCCACUGGACAUCAACCCCCCACCCAUUUGUUUUUUUGUAUGUUUAUAUUUAUACAUGUACAAUUAAAAUGAUUCAAUUAAAUUCAUCUGAUGGAGUUGCAAGUCAUUGUUCUCUGAAUGCACAUUUAAAUAUAAAAACUCAUGCUCAACUUGAACAGCAAA